AUGAAAUACUUGUCAAUAUUAAUCGCAGGGAUUCAAUUAUGCCUUGCUUUGCCUCAAAAUGAAUACCACAGUUUUUUGGAAAGAAAUGAAAUGGAUUUAGCCCCCCGCCAACAAAUACCUUCUGCUUAUGGUGAACUGUUAAUUUCAAUUCCUACAGAGAGUGCUGCUCUUACUUCUGAUAAUUCUUUUUCUUUUAGUAUUGGUGCUACUAUUGCUCCAACAUUGGCCAUUGAUCCCACACUCUCACUUAAUAUUGAAUCUGGCUACCCCUCUGGCGCUAUCAAUACAAACCUUCCCCAAAUUACUGCUGGUAUUGAUGCUUCUCAACUUCUUCAGCUUUCCAAUGAAGUUGGUAUUUCCACAAGCUUAAGCCUUGACUUACCCAUUUCUUUACAGUUGUCGGCUGGUCUGAGCCUUUCAAAAGAACUUGAACUCUCUGCUUCUCUUGCCUUGGAACAUUCAGAGGCUCUUUUAUACUCACAAGAAUUGGAAUUUUCUGCUUCUCUAGAAUUAUCAAAAAGUCUGGGAGUUUCUGCUGGUCUUGGCUUUGAUUUUUCAACUAGUCUAGAACAUUCGGCUGAUUUCAGUUUUUCAGCUGCACUUGAGCACUCAGCGGGUUUGGAUUUUUCAGUAGGACUAGAACACUCAGCUGGCCUGGAUUUUUCAGCAGUAUUAGGGCAAUCAGCGGAUCUUGGUGUUUCCGUUGAUGUAGAUCAUUCUUUAGAUCUGGGGUAUUCUUCCGGCUUAGAUCACUCACAACGUUUACAAUUCUCCGCAGGCUUAGAAUUUUCCAAAGAGCUUGAACUUUCAGCACAAUAUUCUCUGGGUCUAGAGUUCUCAAAAGAACUUGAACUUUCAGCCCAAUACUCUCAAGGAUUGGAACUUUCACUUGAUUUAGAGCUCUCAAAAGAAAUCGAAUUUUCUGCCGGGGUUGAUUAUUCAAAAGAUCUUGAACUUUCUCUUCUUUUAUCUCUUGAAUUUUCUGCAGGGUUCGAAUUUUCUGAUGGUGCUGACUUUUCCGCCUGGUAUUCUUCUGAACUAGGCCAUAUUUCUCACUCAGAUGACUAUUCAUUCUAUCAAAGUAAAACUGAUGAUUCUCAAAUAUCUUCUACUGUAUCUUCUACGGCAACUGGUAAUACAAUUAUAAUCACAUCCCGGUCUGGUAGUGUGGUUGCAUCUACCUCAACCGUCAUCUCACCAGGGCCGGUAACUUCCUCAUCUGUCAUUUCAGUAAUAUCUACUUUUAUUUCUUCUGGAACUGCGUUGACCAUAAGUUCUAAUUUAGAAGGCCCCUCGUCCACAAGCACUUCUAUUGCUCUAACAUCUAUAUCUGGAAAAUCUUCCAUAGGUGAUUUUGUCAGUGCUUCUUCUACGAGUACUUCUUCUACAAGUAUUUCUUCCAAAGAUAUUUCUUCUCUAGGAAUUUCUUCUCAAGGAAUUUUUUCUCAGGGAAUUUCUUCUCAAGGAAUUUCUUCUCGAGGAAUUUCUUUUUCAGGAACUUCUUCCACAGAAACCUUUUCUACCGGCACUUCUGUUACCCUGAUAUCUAUAUCUGGGUCUUCUCCCACUGGAAGUGCUACUACUAGUACUUCUGCUAGUGGAACUUUCUCAUCUAUAACAUCUGCCACAAACACUUCUGCUAGUGGAUCUUCUACAACCGGAACAUCUUCAUCAAUUUCUGCCACAGUUGCUUUUACCACCAGCACUUCUGGCAUAGGUACUUUUUAUACAGAAACUUCAACAUUUGGUACUUCUUCCAUAGGAAGUGCUGCUGGUGUCACUUCACUCAUAGGCAAUUCUGUUAGCGGAACAUCUACAAUCACAACAUCUGCAGCAAUUACUUCCUCUAAUCAAUCUUUUACAGGAACUAUUACUACAGGAACUUUUUCAUCAGUUUCAGUAACAGUUACUUCUGAAUCAUCUACCGGAACUUUCCCCCCUAGUACUUAUUUUACCAAAAGUGCAGUCACAGACACUUCAUCUAAAGGUACUUCUGUCACAAGCACUUUAAUCACAGGUAGUUCUGUAAGUGGAACAUCCCAAAUAAUAACUUCUGCGACAGAAACUUCUUCCAGUCGGUCUUUCACUGGAACCUCUUUCACGGGAACAUCUUCAUCUAUUUCAGCCACAAGUACUUUUAAAUCUUCUUUUACAGGAUUUUCUAUUACAGAUUCUUCUGCCAUUGGUACCUAUUCUACAGGCACGUCUUCUUCAGAUACUCAUUCCACUGGGACUGCUUUAGCAGGAAUUGCUGUUACAAGCACUUCUGCCUCAAGCACUUUUGUUUCAGAAACUUCAAUUGAUGGAACAUCUAAUGCUGGUGCAUCUUCGAGCAGAACUUCUUCUACAGGAAUAUUUUCUGUAAGAGAUUCUGCUACUGCCAUUUCUUUUAUGGGAUCAUCUAUUUCCAGCGUUUCUUCUACUGUGAUUUCGGCAACAGGAACAUCCUCAAAUAAAACUUCUUUCUCAGAGUCUAUUACCAAAAAUACAUUUAGCUCAGGAAUAUCAAUUUCAAAAACUUCUACCCGUGAAAUUUCUAUUUUGAUAUAUUCUACAGGUACAUCUAUUGCCAACAGUUUUAGCACUUCUUUUUCCAAGACUGGCGUUGUUAAAAAUACGUCGACAGUUAGCACAAUCAUUCCCAAUAGCUCAAACAAUAAAUUCUCAUCUAUUCCAACAUCUACCAGUCAAUCUAUUUCUGAAAGCUUGAUUGCAAGUAAUUCAAAUUCUGAUUUGUCAAAAACUUUUGGUUCCGUUGUAGCAAGUGGUUCAACAUCUAGUAAUUCAGGAAGCUUUGGUUCUACUGAAUCUACCAGCAAUUCAUCAGCACAAGUUGUUGCAUCUACAAACAGCUUAACUUAUGUUUCUUCAACUCAAUCUACUAUUUCUUCUCAAUUUACUAAAUCAAAUUCAAAAACUACUAAUUAUUCUGCAAUUCCUUCCAAUGCUUCAGCUACUAAUGAAAUUAUUAUUGGGUCUUCAUAUUCUGGCUUUCCAACUUCUGUAUUUUUGAGUAUCAGUUCAACUACUGGUAACUCCACAGCAAAGGAUUCCAGUAAAAUAUCUCCCUCGUAUUCAAAUGGGUCCACAGUUACUUCUAUAAGUGUGUCUUCAUUAUAUCACCACUCUUCUAACCCAACUUCCAAAUCUAUUGAUCCAACGGUUACUAUCUCAACAACAGGCACUUUGAUUUUUCCUACCCCUAUUGCUACUCAAACAUUAACGUCAAGUACUAGUUACGAUUGUAUCACAACAACAGAAAUUGAAACGUCAACAAUAACUUCUACAAUUAAUGGACAUUUAUUGACUUUUACAAGUGUUUAUACUAAUGUUGAAACAAUUACACUUUCUUCACCUGCUACCAAAACGAUUACUGAUACCGGAGUUGUUACUUUUACAGUCUCAUUAAAUGGCGAAGCUAUCGUUAGUGUCGAAACAUACGAACCAACAUUGACAAUUGUACAACAUUCAACUGAAACCAAUAUAAAUCAUGUAUCCAUCACUUCAACUAAAUCAAGCAGUCAUGCUAGUGCUUUCAUUGUCGAUUCAUUUAUAUAUAUAAUCGACACCAUCACGGAAACUAGAACUAGUACAUUUCCUACUGUUUCAGAAACUCAAACAAUCACUAAUGAAAAGCCUUAUGCUACUACUUUCACAAUCACUCAUACAUCAGUAGGUUCUGGAAAUUCUUUUGAAUUUUCUGCAUUCUUAGAAUCUUCUGGGAUUUCAACUAAGCUAUGUGACAAAUGUGUCACAAAAGUUAUAACAACUUCAACACUUGCCCCUGUAACAAAAACAAUUAACGGUUUAAUUGUCACUAUAACUGAGCCAUGUGAAACUACUUUGACUGUUGCUGAAUCACCUUUCUCUUACAAAAAUGGUGUUUCAACACUUACCCUUACAUCUAAUACUCAUACGGGGAUUAAAUCAGACCUAAAAACUAUUUCAAGUUCGCCUUCUAAAGUUGAUACUACUGCCAUUUUAACAGAAUUAUGUGAUAAAUGCAUUACAAAACUCUUCACGACUUCGACUGUUAAAGCGAUUACAAAAAAUUUGAGUGGUACUAUUGUUACAGUUACAGAGCCAUGCCAAACCACUUUUACAAUUGUUGAAUCUCCGUUUUUAUCAAGUAAAAGCACUUCUACAAUUACAAUAGGGUCAACAGCCAGUAACAGUUUUAAUACAACUACUACAGCUACUUUGAAAACGGUUCUCAGCACUGGCUCUGGCUCUGGCUCUGGCUCUGGCUCUGGCUCUGGCUCAGGCUCAUCAAAUCCUACAAUAAUAACAGCAAUUGCUGAUACAUCUAUUAUACAAACCACUACCACAACUUUUAGUAAUGCUGUUGCAAAACAGUCCAGUCCAGCUGUGAAAAUCGGUAAAUCCGUGAUUUAUAACAUAACUGAGAUAUCUGGCAUAGCUACUUCAGCUAUUCCGGCAUUUCCAAGUGUUUUAGGAAAUCCCAGUCACAGCAUUGAAUCAAGCAAUCUAGCUAGUCCAACAGCGCCGAUUUUGGGAUAUUCUAAAUUGCAUGCCACUCCUUCUACACUGGGAAGUUUAAGCUACUUCCUGGGGUCCUCUACUGCUACUGCUACUGCUACUGCUAAUACUAAUACUAAUACUAAUACUAUUCCAGUGAUUCCAGCUACGUCAUCAAGCCACUCCAGCCCCACAUCUGCAGAAGUUCCUACGGCAAAGCCUAAUCCAGACAAUUCACAUGGCUCUUCAUUGCUAUCAUUGUCCACAGCGGUUAUACCUCAAGUCUCUGCCGGAAAUGUUCCAUCUGGAAUUACUCAAGUGAAUUCUGGUGUAAUGAUUUCUGUGGGUGAUAUUCUGGUCCCUACAAUUGUUUCCUGCCUGUUAACUUUCUUCUUACUCUAA